GUUGUUCUUUUUCGUGGUCGCUGCUGCUGCUGCUUGUACAAGAACUGCUGCUUGAGCUUAUCAAGAGGAAAUCAGUUUAUCUACAGUUAAUGCUAUGAACAGAUGUGUGCACUCCUCGCUCGUGACUAAAAUAAUUUGUAAUUUAAAAAAAUAACGACUCUACAAAUACAACUACACAGUUAAAUGAUUAUUUAAAAUGGCCAUGGACGACUCAAAACCCAAGGAUUAUUAUAGAGUCUCAAAGCUCAAAGACUAACCCAAGAAAAGAAAUCCAAAUGAAUAAAUCGUUGAGAUAAAUGUGCAAUUGACGAUUUGACAAAUUGACCAAUAUGCGAGAAGCGUUCAAAGCCAACUCCAAUAACUAUGGCAGUAAUAUUCCAAUUAGACUUAUGCUGAUGGUAGUUACUCUCUGGAGCUGUUUACCCCAACUUUCUGGUGCUGGCUCAUCGCAGUCCCAUGACUCGGUGUCUGUCUUCCUGCCCGGCGAUAUAAUACUGGGCGGACUGUUUCCCGUGCACGAGAAGGGCGAGGGAGCCCCGCCGUGCGGGCCCAAGGUCUAUAAUCGGGGUGUUCAGCGCCUGGAGGCGAUGCUGUAUGCCAUCGAUCGGGUGAACAAUGACACAAAUCUACUGCCAGGCAUAACGAUAGGUGUUCAUAUCCUGGACACCUGCUCUCGGGACACCUACGCCCUCAAUCAGUCGCUGCAAUUUGUGCGCGCUUCCCUCAAUAACAUGGACACAUCCGUCUUCGAGUGCUCGGACACAUCGACGCCGCAGCUACGCAAGAAUGCAACAUCUGGCCCCGUUUUUGGUGUCAUCGGUGGCUCGUACAGUUCGGUAUCCUUGCAGGUGGCCAAUCUCUUGAGACUCUUUCACAUACCGCAAAUUUCGCCAGCUUCGACGGCCAAAACGCUUUCCGACAAAUCACGCUUCGAUUUAUUUGCACGCACCGUGCCGCCAGAUACAUUUCAAUCGGUCGCCCUUGUGGACAUUAUCAAGAACCUGAACUGGUCCUAUGUGUCCACGAUUCACUCGGAGGGCUCCUACGGCGAGUAUGGCAUCGAGGCCUUUCACAAGGAGGCCACCGAGCGACACGUUUGUAUUGCCGCCGCCGAAAAGGUGCCCAGUGCAUCCGAUGACAAAAUCUUCGAUUCGAUUAUCAGUAAACUGCUCAAGAAGCCAAAUGCUCGAGGUGUCAUCUUAUUCACCCGAGCCGAGGAUGCACGUCGCAUUCUGCUAGCAGCGAAGCGUGCCAAUCUCUCGCAGCCAUUCCAUUGGGUGGCCAGCGAUGGCUGGGGCAAGCAACAGAAGCUGCUCGAGGGAUUGGAGGAGAUUGCCGAGGGCGCCAUUACUGUUGAGUUGCAAUCGGAAAUAAUCGAAGACUUUGAUCGAUAUAUGAUGCAAUUAACGCCAAGGUCCAAUCAGCGCAAUCCCUGGUUCGCCGAGUACUGGGAGGAUACCUUCAAUUGUGUCCUAUCUUUAGGCUCAGUGGACGCCAAGUUGGCAAUAGAUGGCGAGGAUGGUCAUUCAAAGUCUGGAAACGAAAAGGAGAAAACCAUUUGCGAUGAUAGUUUAAGGCUCUCGGAGAAAGUCGGAUAUGAGCAGGAAUCGAAGACGCAAUUCGUUGUGGACGCUGUUUAUGCCUUCGCCCAUGCCCUGCACAAUUUGCACAGCGAUUUGUGCACCCAAAACGAUCAGAAUAUUGGCCAGCAGAAGCAUCAUCAGCACAGCGAAUCGGUUUGGUAUCGAAAGCCAGUCGAUAGCCAUUCGCAGGCCUGUCCCGAUAUGGCCAGCUACGAUGGCAAGGACUUUUACAACAACUACUUACUAAACGUCUCCUUUGUGGAUUUGGCUGGCAGUGAAGUGAAGUUUGAUCGACAGGGCGAUGGCCUGGCCAGAUAUGAUAUUUUAAACUAUCAGCGUCUUGAUAAUUCAUCGGGAUAUCAGUACAAGGUAAUUGGAAAAUGGUUUAAUUAUCUGGAACUCAAUUUGGAAACCGUUGUGUGGAACAAGGAACAAGAAAUGCCGACCUCCGCAUGCUCACUACCCUGUGAGGCUGGAAUGAUUAAAAAACAACAGGGUGACACCUGUUGCUGGAUCUGUGACAGCUGCGAGCCAUACGAAUAUGUCUACGAUGAGUUUACGUGCAGAGAUUGUGGUCCGGGCCUGUGGCCAUAUCCCGAUAAGCUCUCCUGCUUUGCCCUAAAUAUCCAGUAUAUGCGCUGGAAUUCGCUAUUUGCCCUGGUGCCAUUUGCAAUCGCAAUACUCGGCAUCACGAUGACCAUUGUGGUUAUUGUGCUGUUUGCCAAGAAUCACGAUACUCCCCUCGUCCGUGCCUCGGGUCGAGAGCUGAGCUAUACUCUGCUAUUUGGUAUUUUAGUUUGUUAUUGCAACACAUUUGCCCUAAUCGCGAAGCCAACGAUUGGUUCAUGUGUCCUUCAGAGGUUUGGGAUAGGUGUUGGCUUCUCAAUUAUUUAUAGCGCUCUAUUAACGAAAACAAAUCGUAUAUCGCGAAUUUUCCAUUCGGCCUCAAAAUCGGCACAACGUCUCAAGUACAUCAGUCCGCAGUCGCAGGUGGUGAUCACAACCUCGCUAAUUGCAAUACAAGUUUUAAUCACGAUGAUUUGGAUGAUUGUGGAGCCACCGGGGACUAGAUUUUAUUAUCCCGACCGUACCGAGGUGAUUUUAAAAUGCAAAAUACAGGACAUGUCCUUCCUCUUCUCCCAGCUGUACAACAUGAUACUUAUUACGAUAUGCACGGUGUAUGCGAUCAAAACACGCAAAAUACCCGAAAAUUUUAACGAAUCCAAAUUUAUUGGCUUCACAAUGUACACAACAUGCAUAAUUUGGCUGGCAUUUGUCCCAAUAUACUUUGGCACUGGCAACUCAUAUGAGAUCCAAAUAACCACGUUGUGCAUCUCGAUUAGCUUAAGUGCUUCGGUGGCAUUGAUUUGCCUCUACUCGCCCAAGGUGUACAUUUUGGUCUUUCAUCCCGAUAAGAAUGUGCGUAAGCUGACAAUGAAUAGCACGGUCUAUAGACGAUCGGCGACAACGGCGGGCGCACAGGGUAUGCCCACAAGUUCCGGAUAUAGUCGUACACCCGUCGGAUUAAAUGCCACAGAUGUUGGUGUCGGUACGGGUGUUGCAGCCACAAUUGCCACACCCAGCGAUCGACCGUCUCAGAAUGGUAGCCAAAAUGGCAGUCCUUGUUCUGAGCUGGACCAAAAUCAAACAGUUAUUAUACAUAAGAAUGAGGAAUGCUUUAAUGGUGCUGCUCCCACAUCGGGCAAAUGCGAUUGCGUCAUUGGCAUCGUUGAACCAUCCUGCAUCGCCAAGACUCAAGAUUAAGAAUCCAGAAAAUAUAUAACGAUGCAUUCGAAAUUUCAUCAAAUUACUGAGCUGCAUAAAACUGUCUAGGAAAUGAUACAGAAAUGUUUAGGUAUAUAUGUGUGUGUAUA